AAAAAAAAAAAAAAAAAAAUUCCUCGCGAUUGAACUGUGUCGAUUCACACGAGCCGACGCAUGAGCAAAAGAGUCAUAUCCAUAUCCCCACUUCUUUUAGAUCUUGGUCAGUCAUCCUGAGUUUGAGUCUAUAACCUCCUACGCAUCACUCCACAACCAUUUCUCGUGCUUCUGUCAUCUUAUUCCUGCAAUAAUAGCUGGCUCCUUGUAGUCUGUACGAGUUUCAUUAAAGUGCUUAGCAUUUGCGGUCUUGUUGUGUGACCCCUCAAUCGCACGCAAUACUCACAACGAAACCAAAAGAAAAGACGAAAAAGAAACAAGAAGACCCUUUCCUUCAAGCUCACCCCCAUUGAGCUUUACUCAGAACACCCCCAAAACCGCCAAAAUGUGCCCAUCCUGCGAACCUGAGCAAGCCGCUGCCUCCAAUGGCAAUGCCAACGGUAAUGGCGCUUCCAAUGGCAACGGAAACCACGACGGGAUGACUGGUAUUGAGACUCGCCAAGCACAAAACGCACGCUACCAGCAAUCACGGAAUCCCUACCAGCCCGUCGGUGACUUUUUGUCCAAUGUGAACAACUUCAAGAUCAUCGAGAGCACCCUGCGAGAGGGCGAGCAGUUCGCCAAUGCCUUCUUCGACACGGCCAAGAAGAUUGAGAUCGCCAAGGCGCUGGACGACUUUGGCGUCGACUACAUCGAGCUCACCAGCCCUGCUGCAUCGGAGCAGUCCAGGCUUGACUGCGCUGCCAUCUGCAAGCUGGGACUCAAGGCCAAGAUCCUCACCCACAUCAGGUGCCACAUGGACGAUGCGCGCAUCGCCGUCGAGACCGGUGUUGACGGUGUCGACAUUGUCAUCGGCACCUCUUCAUUCCUCAUGGAGCACUCGCAUGGCAAGGACAUGACCUACAUCACCAACACGGCCAUUGAGGUCAUCAACUUUGUCAAGAGCAAGGGCAUCGAGGUCCGAUUCUCGUCUGAAGACUCGUUCCGCAGCAACCUGGUUGACCUGCUGAGCAUCUACUCAACCGUCGACAAGAUCGGUGUCAACCGUGUUGGUAUUGCUGAUACCGUCGGUUGCGCCUCGCCUCGUCAGGUCUACGACCUCGUUAAGACCCUGCGUGGUGUUGUCUCUUGUGACAUUGAGACACACUUCCACAACGACACUGGCUGUGCCAUUUCAAAUGCCUUUUGCGCUUUGGAGGCCGGUGCUACCCACAUUGACACCUGUGUCUUGGGUAUCGGCGAGCGUAACGGAAUCACUCCUCUUGGAGGUCUGAUGGCUCGUAUGAUUGUUGGUUCCAAGGACUACGUUCUGAGCAAGUACAAGCUGCACAAGCUCAAGGACAUUGAGGAGCUAGUUGCCGACGCCGUUCAGGUCAACAUUCCUUUCAACAACUACAUCACUGGUUUCUGUGCUUUCACUCACAAGGCCGGUAUCCACGCCAAGGCUAUCCUCAAGAACCCUUCAACAUAUGAGAUCAUUGACCCGACUCUGUUCGGUAUCACUCGCUAUGUUCACUUCGCCAGCAGAUUGACGGGAUGGAACGCAAUCAAGAGCAGAGCAUCACAGCUCAACAUUGAGAUGACGGAUGAGCAGUGCAAGGAGUGCACUGCCAAGAUCAAGCUGUUGGCUGACAUUAGGCCGAUCGCCAUCGACGACGCCGACUCCAUCAUUCACGCAUUCCACCGCAGCAUCAACUCCGGUCAGCCUAUUCAGUCUCUCGGCAGCCUGCUGCCCAACAUUACGGAUGAGGAGAGGGCCGCCCUGGCAGACGUAGAGCGCCGCGAGUCGAACGAUGGCGAGCAACCGGCAGCCAAGAGGGCCAAGGUCGAGACUGUUGCGUGAGCACAGUGGGAUUUUUGAGAAUUUUACAAGCGUGAGCGAGUCACAGAUAUAGUGUUAACCGAGGAUUUUGGUUGUCAAAGGGAUGAACAGAAAGGCCUUGGGCUUUGACCAAAACUACACUCAAAGCGUGGACCUUUUUUAUUUUUUAUUUUUUAUCUCUUCUUCUAUCUGCAUAUGAAGUCAAAAAAAGAAUGAGAAAAGGAAAAGUAUAGUCAGGAUGGGAUGGUUUACGGAUCUACUUGGGCACUGGAGCUGCUCAAAGAUAGAUUGUGUUUGAUUUUUAUUUGCCUCUGUGGAUAGUUGGGGCCUUUUGCUGGUUUGCUAUAUUUUGCUAUACCAUUCAAUGAAAUUUUCGAUUUGCUCCUGA